GGAGCGAGGAGCGAUUUUCGCCUAUUCAUUGCAUGUCGAACGAAAGCUCUCGAAUUCUUCUCACUUGAGACCUGGGGAAGCAUUACGCCAACUCCGGGGCUUCGUGCCCAAAUUCUUCUUCUCCGCUUUCUUUUCGUCACGGAUCCAUCGGAGAUGGAAAGGGAGGCGUCGAGGUAUCGCUGUCGCGUGCGACGUAAGGGAGGAGGAGGUGGUGGUGGAGCAGUCGAACCGUCGCCUACGAACGAUACCGACAGGAAGGGGGCAUUGUCGCCGGAGUUGCUGUUGCAGUGGGGGAACCGGAAGCGACUACGGUGCGUCAAGUUCCAGCGCAGGGACGAUGACGCCGCAACCGGUCUCCACUCCACCACCGCUGACAUUGCCACUGCCCCCGCCGCCGCUGCGGCCGCUCGCGUCGACCGCGCCCUCCGGGGAGCCACCUCCGCCGCAUACAAGCGGGUCCUCAGGAACAAUUCAGAAGCGACGGGAGUUGCUACAAGAGCUAAACGUGGGGUGAGGGACAGGGUCGGCGGGGGGUCGGCUUACACUGAGGGGACGCAUGAGAAUAAAAGCGGUGGCGGCGGCGGAGGUGGAAGAAGAGGAGGAUCGCCGUCGUCUGGGAGCGACGGGGCUGCAACAAUAUGGUCCAAGUUUUCUCUGGCAUUGACGAACAAGGAGAAAGAAGAGGACUUCUUGGCAUUUAAGGGGUCCAAACUUCCCCCGCGCCCCAAGAAGCGAGCUAAGCUCCUCCAGCGGACAAUCAACUUGGUGAGCCCAGGUGCAUGGCUUUGUGAUCUGACAUUAGAUCGGUAUGAAGUCCGGGAGAAGAAAAUAUCAAAGAAGAGACCAAGGGGGUUAAAGGCAAUGGGAAACAUGGAAAGUGACUCAGAAUAGCAUAAAAGGAGAAUUAAAAAAAAAAUUGAAAGAGCAGUCAAAAGAUUGAAGUCGUGUGCUAAAGUGGUUAUAUGCAUGGGAUGUUCAGAACUUAGAGUACCUUUGUUUUGUUCAGUUUAUAGAUAAGAUGAGGAUGGGAAAGAAAGUAGGAGCAACUAGUGAAAUUGUCAGAAUUUUACCAUUAUGCAAAUAGAAGUGCCAGAAGCAAUCUCAUGUAGUAACACUAGAAGAUGCAGAUAUCGAGCUUGUAAUUAUUUCUAUUUGUCUUCCCUUGUGGUCUCUUUAUGGUUAAUGAAACUAUUCAGGAUGAAGGAAUGCCAUCUGUCUUGUUGUUAAGUCUGAUGUAUUUGGUUACAGUCAAGCUAGCUUUAGCUGUGCUGUUCGUUUUUCCUUUUUCCCAGCUUAUCAUCUACUAAUCUGCAUCUUUUGGUCAGCUUCUGUUAGCGUGAGAUUGAGCAGGGUAAAGUCAGCAUAGGAUUGGGAGAAAAUCAAAUACAGGGAUUACAACAUUUUGGCCCCAUCCCAGGUUUAGGCUACUGUUGAUGGUGUAGAAUUAGAUUGUCUGGGAUUCAACUGCUAGGUGCACCAUUACAAGGUCUGUCUUGGUUGCCAAGUCAAAGAUGCUCAGGUUCAUGAUGUCCAUUUGCAAAGGCAUAAAGCCACCAUUGUACUUUCAAUUAUAUGUGUACCUCUUGUUGUGUUUUGAGGCUGCAGGCCACAGAAGCUUUCGUAGCUGGAUUCUGGAUCACAGGAUGCCAGCUGAGACAGCACGUUGGCCGGGUUGAUGAAUUCUUAGACACGAACUGCGUACAUUCUCCAUUUAUGCACCUCUGAUAUUUUGCAGAUCACAUCUUCAUGAGGUGCAGGUUGUGGCACUGCAUGGGUACUUCAAAAAAAAAGUAACGUUUCCAGGUACUUCAUUAAUUGAGGCCAUCUAGUUAAGAUGUCU